AAUAACAAUAACAAUAAGAGCAACACCAGCAUCACUAUGACUUCCAUUGAAAGCACCACCAUCACCAUAACAACCAAUACCACCACCACCAGCAACAACAACAACAACAUCAAGUAAUACGACCAACGGAACCGAUACCAUCAUCGCUACCAGCACCAUUCAUUCCACCACCAAGACCACCACCACCACCACCACCACCGCUGCCGCCGCCGCCGCCGCCGCCGCCACUAAUAUCAUCACCACCAAGAUCAGCAGCACCAAAACAACAACAACAACUGCUAGACAAGCAGCAGCGGCGUCAAUCGAAGAAGGAAGGUGGGGCUAUACGGGUGGUGUGCAUGUAGUUCUUGCAAGGAGAUGUGGUCGAAGUGGCAGCUAUAACUGUACAAUAAACCUCAGCGGUGAUGUCAUUUACGUACUCGAAUAAUAUAAACGAAAAGAAAAACAAACAAUAAUUUCUCUUCCAAAAUGACAUUUGUCACUUUGAAUAUCAUGGAGGAAGAAAUGAACAAAAAAUCGAACAUAAUAACAGAAGUGGUGAAAAAAAGUAAACAAUAAUAUGGUUCUUGGUGGGAAUUUCUUGCUCCUGGAUUGCUUAAAGGUAACCUUCAAGGAUCAGUUCAGAAUGUCGGACAGUCCAAAAGAUCUUCGGGCAGAUUCUUUGGAAUCUCCUUCUCGCAUGUGGCUAUGCGCUAGUUGCGGCAAGCGUAUAAUGGACCGCUAUUAUAUGAUGGUUGCUGAGCGCCAGUGGCAUGCCUCUUGUCUUAAAUGCUGUGAGUGCAAGUUGAGGCUCGAUUCUUAUUUAACAUGCUUCGCCCGUAACGGCAACCUCUACUGCAAGGAAGAUUAUUAUAGGAGGUACGCAAUUCGUCAGUGUGCUCGAUGCAACACGGGUAUUUCUGCACAAGAACUUGUCAUGAGGGUGCGUGACCUAGUGUACCAUCUAGGCUGUUUUGUGUGUGAAGGCUGUAACAGGCCAUUGACCAAGGGGGACCAUUUCGGCAUGAAAGGCGAUCUGGUUUACUGUCGGACAGAUUAUGAACUCUUAUUUCAGGAAGGAUGCAGGGAAUAUGUACCAUUGAGGGAACAGAGAACAGAUGAAUCAGGAGGCCAUAACGAAAGUUUAUGUGAUGUCAGACCUCUGGUAGCUGGACUUGAAAGAGGCCAUAUCCCAUCUAACUAUACUGGAGUGGUUCUGCCAAUACAGCCAAAAGGUAGAUCACGUAAAAGAAAAACAGCAUGCUUAAAUGCGACGCUAAAUUGCCAGGCUGGUGGCAUGACAACGGCCGAAGGUCUCGAUCGCUCGACCAAUGAUCUCGAGAGAGAUGCGUACUCGACGCCUCGGCAGAAACGCAUGCGCACGUCGUUCAAACAUCACCAGCUGCGCACGCUCAAAUCCUACUUCGCCCUGAAUCACAAUCCAGACACAAAAGACUUGAAGCAGCUGGCCCAAAAGACCGGGCUCAACAAGAGGGUACUCCAGGUCUGGUUCCAGAACGCACGAGCCAAGUAUCGAAGAAAUAUUUUGAAGCAAGAGGAGAAACAAAUACCACCACCACAACAACAACAACAACAGCAACAACUACAGCGCCAUCAGGCGGCUGUCAUGGAGCAGAUCUGUGACACUCAGUCAAGAGCUAGCGUUGAACUAGGAGUCGGUGCUGGCAUCCAUUGUAAUAAAUCGCCGGCCCUAUCUGACCUUAGCUCCACUCCUUCACUUUCCGAUCUCCAUCACCAAGGUACUAGUUCGCUAUCCGACCCAGAUGCAUCGGGUGGUAGCAGUCUGGCCGAACUAUUUACCAACACCAUACCUCCAAUUACAUGUUGAUCUAUAUUAUAUAAUAGAAGCAAAUAUUUGCCUAAAAUA